GACUCGCCGCCGCCGCCGUCGGCUCGGAUCGCGCGCGCCGAUGUCAGCAGCAUGCCGGAGAACAUCAAGGAGGCGUUCGCCCGGGAGCGCCAGGGGGCGCAGGAGGUUCGCGAGGCCGUCAUCGAGGAAGCGCGCUCGGAGAACGCGAAGGCCAUGGAGGAGGCUGUGCGGAAGGUGCUCCGGGAGGUUCAGGAUCGGAUCCCAUCGGAUAUUCAGGAUCAGUUCGGGAUCUCCAAGGAGCAGAAGAUCUCCAUGCGAUCGGUCUCCACGAUCACCAACCGGUUUCGAAGCAGUCCCAUCCCGCUUGAGCGCGGGGGGCAUUUCGGAGUCUGGAAUAUGUCAGGCGGCAGUUCGAUCGAUCUGGAUUGGGUCUCAGAGACGGCGGGCUGGACGGGGCGCCAGCUCGAGUCAUGCGAGGUCUCGUCUUUUCUGGUGCAACUCGCUAUCGCAAGCUGGAGCACUCCUGGCAGCAGGCUGGGGCUGCUGGCCGACGUUGCCAGGGUGCAGAUCGGG